AUGAACAAUCUCGUCAAGAAUCCGGAUCGCGCAUUCGACUAUGCCCGUUUGUACGCAGCUUCUGUCGCUGCCAUUCUGGCCUGGGGAUUCCGAGCGGCAGACUUGGACUCGUUCUUCUACAAGGACUUUUACAAUUUUGUCGAUCAGUUUCUUGAAGCCAUCGAGCCAGGAGCAAAUCCACCUGUCGAAGUCGUUCCUGCGCUUUGGUACCUUCCCGGAUCUUGGAAGAAGAGGGCUAAUCAUGUGCGUGACAUGAUGGACUCGACGUGGAGCAAGGCGCGGAAGAUGGUCGACGAUCGUCGAGCCUCGGGGGACAUCCGAGACUCUAUCAUAGACAUGAAAAUUGCCGAAUACGACAAGUCAGGCUGGGAUAUGUCCCAACAUGCAUUCAACAAUCUUUUCGGAGAGCUGCUGGAGGCAGGCGCAGACACAACGGCGAACAUGAUCCUCACAAUCAUCCUUGCCAUUACCAAAUUCCCAGAAGUGCAAGCCAAAGCUAGGAAAGAACUCGAUGCUGUGUGCGGUACUGAGCGGACCCCGCUAUUCUCGGACUUCCAACGACUUCCGUAUAUCAACUGUAUCAUUAAGGAAGCUUUACGAUGGCGCCCAACCUCAGAUCUAGGCAUUCCCCACCGAGUAGCACGAGAUGACUGGUAUAAUGGUAUGUACUUUCCCAAGGACUGUACGGUCUGGUUAGCCGCCUGGGCCAUCCACCACAAUGACGACAUCUACCCGGACCAUGAACGCUUCAAUCCGGAUCGAUUCUUGAACCAUGACAAGCUGGCCAACGAAUACGCGGCUGUUGAAGCUAACAUUUUCCCGGGAUACAUCAUUACGGAUACGGCGCCGGUCGAAGAAUGUGUCCCGGGAUCCACCUCGCAGAGAGAAGCAUACCACCCAUUAGAUGUGAACGCAUAUACCUCCUCGAAUCUGGUCAGACCUCUGGAAUUUCAGGUCAAGGUUACCCCUCGGAGCGAGCAGCACCAGGAAGUCAUCGAACGCGAGCUGAUAGGAGCAUUGGGAUUCUUGGAUCAAUACCGCCAAUGA